AUGACCGACGAAAGCCCCUCAAGAAGGAGCAAUACCCUCUCAGAAAGAAAUAUCUCUCCAAGAGCCAGUUCAAAUGUCUCCUCCCCACCCAUGUCCUCCCUCUUCAGCACACCCCCCAAACAAUCCGGCCCCCGAAAACUCAAAUUCCUCACCAAAUCCCGCGCAGCCGAGCUCCGCAAGCGAGAAAGCGAAUACAUCAACCCAAACCCACGUCCGCUUCCAUCCCCAUCCCAAUCCUCACGUCUCACCUUCGGCGUGGAGCUAGAAUUCAACAUCGCCUACCUCUUACCAUCCGGACGUAUCUUUCGGGACACCGAUCUCGCAGAGGGACUUCCAUAUACCACGGAUCCCGACCCCGAGGAUCCGCGGGUGGUGAGAGGACUGGCGACUUACGAACCGGAUCCAGAGGAAGAGCUAACGCUAUCUCAGCAGGUAGAAGCGUAUCGCGAGCAACGUGAGCAGAUCUUUACACAUAUCAGGGAUACCCUUCGAGCAGCGGGUCUCCCUUGCCGACUGGGUGAUGACUAUAGCAAUCCCAAGCCCGAGCAUUUGGUAUUGCUAAGUGAUUCAUCCGUCGAACCACUCGAGGAUGAUGAUUCUGCUGAUAACUAUAAUUUUAUGGAUGUCGAGAUAACAUCUCCCCCGUUCUACGACCACGAGGACAGCCGAAGACAGGUCAAAGCAGUUUGUGAAAUCCUCACUAGUACAUACCGCAUCAACGCCAAGGGAAACAAAACAUGCGGGAUGCACGUCCAUGUAAGUUCUCGAGUUCCAUUUGACCAGUUUUCCAAAAAGACACAGGAGGAAUUCCCAUACGGGUAUUCAGGGUAUCAUCCCAGACACUUGGCUUCCCUAAUGGCCUGCCUCUGGGUCUUCGAGAAUCGCCUCCAGCGAAUCCAUCCAGAGCACCGAAGAGCCGGUCAUGAAGCCGCUGAGUAUUGCAUGCCUCUAGCCACGGGAAGCUGGCUCACAUCCGAUAGCGACUUUCUAAGAGAAGGCUGGAGACAAAGAGGACUCAAGACUCUGCUCGCAGCAAGGGAUGAAAAGACGUGCCAGGAGAUAUGUUUUCUAACCCGAGGAUUCCAGGAACGUCUGAGCUACAAUACUCGAACCCUCAGCUGGGAUAAAGGCAUAAGAACCGUGGAGUUUCGUCAACACGAAGGUACCGUGGAAGCAGAAGAAGUUUUCCAAUGGAUAAAGGUCUGAUUGCGUUGGUAAAGUUUGCCUUCAAAGUUGACGAAAAAGCCCUUGAUGGGUUUUUGAAAAGACAUGUCGACGACGCUCUUGAGGACUACACUGCCAUGGAUCUUCUGAAAGCCAUCAGUAGUGCUGACUCAGCAGUGUAUUAUGAGAAGAAGAUGCGUGAACGGGACGCAGUAGAAGAAGAAUAG